AAUCAAUCAGUUGAUCUCCGUUUCCUCAUUCCUGGAGUCAAAGCUUCCACGCCCAGAGUUCAGACUCUUUCCCCUCUUGGUCUCUCCAAUCCACGCGGGAAGACACUCCCUGCUGUUGACCGCCUCCUCCCCCCUCGGCCCUCCCGCCCUUCGGGGAAGGAAGAAGCAUGGCGGAGGCAAGCAACGGAGCGGGGGAAAGAAAGAGAAAGACAACGGAAUGGGAUGGAUCGGGAAGAAGCAAAAGAGGAGGUCAGGUGCUCGAUCGCUUGCCGGACCGGGACCCGGGAUUCUUUCAGCGGCUUGGGGGCGGGGAGCACAGCAGGGUCUCCUUCUCGAUCCGUCAGCUGGCUUGGAUCGGAUGAUACUCGAGGUGAAAUCUGAAAUGGGUGCGAGCAGAAUCGCUCGGAAGGAACUUCACUGAUGGCGUUCACAACUUCAGCCUGUUUCCUUGGAGUUGGAAUCGGUUAAUAUGUCUUGUUCAGGUACUUCCAACUCUAAGAACUUCUACUUCAUUUGUGCUUUUCACUCUCCUCCUGAGGUUUGCCAUCUGACUGAAUAUUGUUUUUGGCUCCCAAGCUUUAGUGAGCCUUUUCUUCAAAAAUGAAAUAAUUCAAAGAGCAUUUAUGAGUUCCAGAAAAUUCAAGAAACAUUCUAAUAUGUAAAUUUUGUAAUACACUAUGAAUCUGCAAUUCAUGGAAAAUGUUUGCGACUUUCCACAGAAAACACAAAAAAUGCGAUUAUCUGCGAUAGGAGGUACUGUUGCUAUCAUUUACUGUUUUAGAUCACAGUAUUUAUGUUUUUUCAUGUCGGCCAGAUUUGAAAAGAUUUUUCGCACAGAAUUGUGUGGAAUGAAUAAAAUGUUCAUUAUAGUUGGAGACCCCAAAAUCUUUACCCCCAUCUGGUGCUCUUUGCAGUGUCAAGUUUGCUUAUUUUAGCAGUUUCAAAGAAAAUUUAGCUUGUUUUAACCAUUCAAAUGAACAAUAUGAUGAGUCAGGAUUUUCAUCCCGACUUUAAACAAUAAGGUCCAAUGCGGAUGGUUGGGAGAAUCCAAUCUUUGGUCGUACUACAUCCCUUUUAGGAUACCUCCUCACAAAGAUGGAGCACAUAAACACCACAUUUCCUCGUUCUCUUUGCGGGCAUUCCGGGGGAGCCUCAUGUGAACACCGAAGGAGGCGAUGUCGUGCGGAAUAAAAGUCUUCCUGCUCAGUCGUCAUCUGAAAGAGUAACCAGGCCCCUAAGUGGAUUUUGGUAUUAAUGACGGGCAACCAAGAGACUAAUGCGCACACCAAGUGUUAAAACAUAUUUAAUCCCAAGUGUGUUGGUUGUCAGGCAUCGAUGACCUCCCCCCCCCCCCCUCCAGGAAAAAGAGAUGGAAUAGCUCCCGGAGGUUAUUUUGUUAUUCUUUGUUGUUUGGUGAUUUUGUGAUUAUCACCAUUGAGUCUUUAGAGAAGUUACACUGUUAAGAAAGGACAAUGAUGGAAAAAAUGUUGUUUACUGCUAAUCAUAUUUAUCUUGCCACCAGCAAGCCCAAAAGAAAAUACGCCGGAAGUGGAGAAUUGCUAAGUCUAAAGGUUCAAGUUCAAGGUAGGCUAGACAGUCUGGGGUUGCAAGUCCUGACAGUUUAGAUGUACACCGGAAUGACUAGGAUCGGUCCAAGGAGCCGGACGGUUCGGGAUAGUGUACUACCUUUGCUUGAAGCUGCUCAGUUUCUAAGUCGUGCUAUCCGACGUGAUUACCUGGAUUGUCCGAGGCCUGACAUGUUGAGAUAGGGUUUGGUUGGGGUGAAGCCCCAGCCGGACCAUCCAGCUCUCUAUCUAGCCUCUGCCCCAAAGUAGCUUGGUUACUAUCCCAGGCUGUCCGGUAACCUGUUUCACUUGAGCAUUUUGAAUGCAUUUACUAGUUUGAAUCCCUGGUAAUAGGGGUUCGUGGGCAAUCUGCUUAUUAGCCUGAACCGUCCGGAUGUGUGAUUCUGCUAAAAGACGAACAUUUAUUUUACUUAGCUAUAUAUGUCGGAGUUGACUACCCGUGCAAGCAAGGACCCGUUGCUAUUCUCCACUAUCCCUCGGCCACAUUUGAGCUAUUCUCUUGGAUUGGGAGAGAGAGAUUUGAGAGGGGAUCGGGAGGUAAGUUAAGCCAAGCUAAGAUCCAUGCUUUUCCCCUCCUUUGACCAAAAGAUUUUAGCAUUUGAGCAAAUUUCCAAGCCUCCCCUUGAUCUUGUUGCUCUUGGAGGUUGGAGAUUCCUAGGAGGUUGGUGUCACUCCUAAGCUUCCAACUUGUGGAUUGCCCCAAAGUUUGUGAAGGUUGGAAGUCACGUGAAGACUCACCCUAAUUGGUUGAGCUCGGGCUUUGUUGGACGAGGCUUAGGGAGAAGAAGGCGAGACCUCUCAAACGGAGUUUGCGUCCCUCCAAGGACAUGAACUUCAGGUGACAUCUUCGUCUCCAUGCCCACUUUGGUUAUCCUUUUCCUAGCUCCUAUUAUUGUUUAGAGUAAUCUAGCUUGCUGGAUUGCUUAUCGUACAUGGUGUUUCACUUAGUUGUAUUUCUAGAGAACUCAUAAUUCUACAAUCCCUAAAAUCCACUAAGAAAAGAUAAAAAUUUGUAGUCGCUUCACCCCCUCCCCCCUCCAAUUUACAUCUUUGAUCCUUCCUCAUCCUAGUGUGUCCAUUGUGGCAAAGGCCGAAGAAUCCACGGUGUUGGUCUCCUAUGCGUGGAUUCCUGAUUUGGUGUAUUGUUAUCAAGAAUUGUAGUUUAAAUUGAUGGCAGCGACGGUGAUGGUGACGUUGGCUUUGUUUUUGUUAGUGGUUCUCCUAUUUCAUAACUAUCGUGCUUUUGAUGUUCAAUACUAAUGGUUUGGCAAUGAAAACCAUGGUCCAAUAUUCAGGCCACAACGAGUUCGGCUAAUUUAUGUUGCCACUUGUUGGGAUGGUUGGCUCAUGUGACUCUUAGAAAUCUUUGAUGACAUACAACUGUGAUAUUUGGACUUCCACAACCUUUUCAAUGGAUGCUCAGAGGAAUUUUAAGAUGCAAAGGGCAAAGUUGGAGACCCCGACUUUGGAGACCAGAAAAUUUUGGAAUGACUUCGUCUGGGGCCACCAUCCUCUCCCCAUCGCAAUCAUCAUGCUAUCGUGCAACCUUAACCUAAAAGAUGGUCCCACCCUAUCCCCAUAACCUAGCUCCUCCUUUAUGCAAGUAGUCAUAAUCCAAAGUAUAGGUGGAAGAAAUAGACAAGAACGAAGAUGAAAAUCACAUGAGUUGAAAACGAGUCCGAAGGAUGGCGGUUGAUCAAUGCACGCUAAUAUAUCAGACUUAAUGGUGUCUCUCGGUGUAGUUGGAUGAUAGUGAAGGAGCCCUAUCCCCAUAACCUAGCUCCUCCUCUAUACAAGCAGUCAUAAUCCAAAGUAUAGGUGGAAGAAAUAGACAAGAACGAAGGUGAAAAUCACAUGAGUUGAAAACGAGUCCGAAGGAUGGCAGUUGAUCAAUGCACGCUAAUAUAUCAGAUUAAAUGGUGUCUCUCAGUGUAUUUGGAUGAUAGUGAAGGAGGGUGCGAUGACGUAUAUAUCAUGUCUAGCUUGCCCUCUUCAAGAUGAAAGUUAUCCCUUGUUUGACAAGAACAUUGUGUAUCACAGAUUACCACACCACAUAAUUUCUCCAUUAAAUUUCCUUACUUGAAUCUAUCAUCAUCCAUAAUAUUGUGUGUGAUGGUGUUUUGGUGAUUACAUCAUGAAUUAGGUUAGUCUAUUUUUUUUAUAUGCCUUUUACUUUUACUUUGAUACACAUUCGGUCUUAUGGCCAGUGACCCUCAUAUUCUUUUGCCUAUUGGCCACAUACCCAAUUCGAUACUAUGGGAUACAACUAUACAAGACAAGCAUGCCACAGACAAAUCUCACAAAGAAAAUAAUAUGCCGAUUCAAAUGCAUAUCUAACCGAUAUAUCUCAUUUUAGACGAUGUAUGUUCUUGACGUAAUGUUGGAGGAAAGUGAACACCUGUAAGUAGGGGAUCUACCUUAAUCAAGAGGCUCACAUCGACGAUUGACCCUCAAACCCCCUCAUACACUGACCAAGGAUGGGCAGUGCCAUUUGGUUUGGGAUAACCCUUUAUAACUCCUCGCACCCAUAUCCUCAAGGUGUAAAUUGUAGGGCAUAGAUUGAGGGGUUUGGGAUCACAGUUGUGCAUCUACAUAAGAUCCUACAAGACCCACGAACUAACACAUGGACUAUGGCAAGGACAACACCCAAGAGGGACUGCAUCCUAACAAGGGGCAUAUGAGCAUAUUCAACAAUCCACAUUGAUCGAAUAGUUGCCAUGCGGUAAGAGGGAAUGUUCCUGAUUGGGCAGACGAGGAUGUCAUGGUUGGGCAUGCUUGCCUGCUAUUGGGGUAUGAGGGAUCAAGGAUGCCAUGGUUGGGCAUGCUCUGAGAUAAGCGAGACUGGUGAGAGUAUCCUUAGUGGAACACUUGGGAUCUCAACAUGGCCAAGAACACACACGGAUACACAAAUUGGGGAAGGACAUGCAUGAACCCUAUGUAAAAGGAUUAGACCUAAUCCACACCAUUCAGAGCUUAUGAACAUCGUCAUGUGUGCAGUUGUGCAUGUAUGUAUAGAUCUUUAUUUUGUAGAGAGUUGGUGCUGAACUCAUUUUUUUUAUCGUUUUGACAUGACCUUUGCGCUAAUAAAACCCCUCUUUAUAAAAAAUCACACCCAACUUCUAACUCAGUUGAUAAAGCAAUGCAAGUUUUGACUAGGUGUAGGUGGUGACUUGGUGUGUAUUAUGGUUCUUGUAAUCCCCUAUUAACUGUUAGUUAUGUGUUUCAUUAACAUAAUUGCUCCAUAUAAAUAAAAGUAUUUUGCUAUGUGGGAAGUUUUGUGGCUCUAAGACCAUCGGAUUGGGCAAAUUCGACCCCCUGAACAUUCGCGGGCGCGUGGAUGCGCGCGCAGACAGCGCUGACCAGCCCCUCAUUUCUCCUCCCGAACAACCAUACCCCUCAUUUUCAUGCAAAACCAUGAACCUCCAUCAUAUAACAUCACUUUAUCACCAAUUAAACAAUUCGACAAAGCAAAUAAAUCACAAUUCAACACAUGCCAAAAUAAAAUUUAACACUCAUAGAGGCGAUACAAGAAUGAAUCAUUCUCAUCUCUCUUUGCGGGUGGAUCUCCUUUUUCUUCAUGUGUAGCCACUUCUUGUUUUCCUUGUUCAAGAGGCUAGCAUCCUGCAAUAUGAUCUUCGAAUCCUCGGUGUCCCUUGCAAGAUUCAACCUCUCUUUGUCGAGCUUAGUUGUUUGUAUUGUCUUCUUCUUUUUAAGCUCCCAUUUUGCAUAUUUCUCUUGCUUCUCCAAAUCUAUCUUCUCCCUCUCAAUGCUCAACUUCUCUUUCACCCUCUCCCGGUCGAACAACAUCUUCUCCCUUUGAACAUCCAAGAAGAGCUUGUAUCUCCCCCCUUCUGCUCCUCUUGGGCGUAAAAAAUGCCCGUCACAGACAUUUUGAUUGCCGCACAGUCACGCGCGGCCCUCUCCUUCUCCCACUUGUUUCCCAGCACCUGCCAAUUCUUCUUUGGCACGGUCGCUUUUCCGUCCGCUCCCCCACUUUGCUCAUCGUCGUCAACCAACCCAAUAGAUUGUUGGGAGCUUGAGCCAUUGUUGAGCUUAAUGGCGAGUUGUGACUUAGGUUUCCCAUUCAGUUUCAACCAACAACAGGGCAAAGUGAAUGGCUUGCCCUUGGUUUGGUUGAACAAAUUGGAUCCAUGCUUGUGGCCAACCAAGAUUCACACUAUACAUCUUCAUGGCUUGUGAAUGCCGAGCCUCUUGCCUUUGCUACCUUCUUAUUUUAGUGCGCGGUAUUUGCGCAACAUCAAGUAAUUGGUACCAACCAAGCCAUAUUGCAUAGGCUCUUGACCAUCAUUUAUCAUGUUCAUAAAAAAUAUGCAUCACAAUAAAACCACCAUUCCUAAAUUGAUCCGAUGGUAUGUGCAACAAACGAAGCAAGCAAUACAAAUGGCAUAUGGGGCAAAUUGUACCGUGUCUUGGUCGGCUACUUCAUCGAACAACACGUGGGCAUGCCCGAUGCCGGCUUUAUCCGCUGCCUUUGGAGUUGCAGCGAGCAUUCGGAUGUUGGAACGGAGUCAAGAACGCUCGACAACAUGUUCCCUCUUGCAGGUAGGUAGGAUGACGCGGAGGCAGCCGCAAGACCAGACGCGCCCAAGUCCAUGUCUACGACCUCUUUCUCAGCAACUUCCUUCUUCGUAGCUUCUCAGACGCGCUGCCAGGAGUGCCGCUCCCUCUGGGCGAUGUCCUCUGCCUUGCAAGCGACGACGGUCGGGACCGUCACAGACUUCGCCGAGCUAUUGUCCAUGGCGGCGGUGGAGACAGGGUCCUUGGUGUCGAGGUCAGACAACUCUAACGAGGACGACGCAGACGGGGAGCAAGGGUGGGGGGAGGGCGAUGGCUCAGACAAGGGAAAUUGAGAAAGAACGCGGGAGCAGUGCGGUCAAUUUCAUGGACAAUUUUGAGCGAAUUCGGGGUUUCGGCGUCCCAUAUUCCUACCACAUAUGGGCUGGAUUUGAGGGAUGCUGAACAAUCCGGAUAUUUGGGCCGGCUUUCAGAGAUCCGAUUGGAUGGCGCGUUUUUGGGUCCGGGCAAUGACCGGGUUAUCCGCACGUUCGAGAGUGAGGGUCCUGUUAUAGAUCCUCCACCAGCUCAUUUGCUUUAAGUGGCCAGUAGAAUACUGAAACCAGAGGUGUAGAAAAUGAUUGGAAGCCCAUCAAGAACCUUUUCAAUAUGAACAGGAGGAGGCAAUCACAGGAAACACGUGGAAGGUGGACUACACAUGAUUCCAUGUAUUCGGCCACGACCUCGCCAUGACCAUCGUUGGACCUUGAACAGAGAACAACACCGUCGCCGUCGAUGCACACAUGCCACAAAGCGAUAGAUAUGUUAAUCAAACGAGAGAUCCCAAUAGUACCACUACAACAUCGACUUAAAAUAACACGUUGUCAUAUUCAACACACAUGCUGACACUAGCACCAACAACUCGCCGAUCGAGCAACUGAAACUUCAGCGAAAGCGUGUCCAAGUGUCGCUAGAAGACUACGGUCCAGGCCAGGUCCGUACUCGUCUGCCUGAAAAGAAGUCUCUACUCGUCGUUUGCCGUUCAAGCGUUUCACCGUGGACAGCAUGUUUCCCCGGUCGCUGGCUACGUGGCUCUGCUUCUGGUUCACACUGGCAACGCUUCUCCUGUUCAAUUCAAUCUACUCGUCAUUGAAAUUUUCCUCUCUUUGGUUUCCCACCUCGGAGAAAUCUUUGAUUCUAGAUGCAUGUCUUCAGCCUGCAUAUAUAAUAAUAUAUGUCAGAUGACUAGUUAUGGUAUGAGAAUAAUAUUGUUUUUGGCACAUAUCCUUUCUAGCAUAUGUUUUGUAUUUAUUAUCAUGAACUGUCCUCAUGGAUGCUUAAGCUCCAAAUACCUCUGUUUAACUUGGAAUCCUGCUAUUUUUUUUCCAGAAUGUCCUAAAUUAUACAUAAAAUUUUAAAUAUAUAAAUCAUCCUUCUAGAUUGCAUUCUUGCUGGCCCUAAUCCCAAGCCCGAGCCUAGCCUAGCCACAAAUAAAUAACAAAUAAUAGCAUUCUUUCUAUUUAGAAAUGUCAUUUAAUCAUUUUUUGGGAUAUAUGAAUACAUUAUUACCCCUAUAUAUCUGUUAACUCCUAGUUUUUGGGUAUUUGGGGCUUUUUAUCAGGCUUUCGGGCCAAGCUUCGACUAGAAUACUAAGCGAGAGCCUGGCGUGACCACCCGACUUUCUUGCUAGGGCAGUCCGACUGGGCGGUCCAUGCAUAGACCUAGCCCCAUCCAUGAGAUAAAAAAAUAAGGGUUAAUUUGAUAACACCUCAAAAUCGAAAAAUGCCACUGCGAAAAUAGACUUGAAAAAAUGCUGCUCUAAUUUUUGGAUACUAAAAUAAAGAUAUUUUAACACUUUGAGCAUAAUAAAUACAUGUCAAAAUUGUUGAUGUAUGUGUGCCCGUCGAACCAACCCAAGCUUGCGACAUAAUUGGUGUUUCAAUUAAUGAAGUGAAGCUGCUUGCUUCAUAGAGAGAUUAAUUAAGGAUGUGUUGGACUACAAUAACCUCGUUUGCUCAAUCCUCUUUUGGCUAUUUUAGUAGUAUUUGCUUAGCCCUUAUUGCCCACUUUUGUAUCUAAUUUUAUAUGGUAAGUUAUGAGAUAAUCAUAGCGCAACAUUGUUCAUGAACCGGAAAUCGGUCCAGUGUUGUUAUAUGGGAUGGUAGCAGUUUUGCCCAAAAAAAUCUCGAACUCCUGAGGGGUAGGAUGGGCGAAGGAAGUUUUAAAACCCAUGGGCGGCGCUUUCAAUUUAUAUUCAGUGUAAGAAAGUUCAAGAACGGCGAAAAUCUUGAUUUUUUGGUUAGGCACUGGCUUAUACGCAGGGAAAGCCAAAGCCAAACACCCAGUGAGUAUAAAUUUCACGAAAUUAUAGAGAUCAACAUAGGUUUAUACGUUUGUUUCUAAAAAAAAGAGAGCUACUUUUGCUAAAGAAAAAGGAAAUAAAACGCGGUGCUGUUUGGGACGGGAGAAGUUAAGACGGACGCUCGCUGUGAAAAAAAGAAGUUCGGAUAAAUCGGCAUGCCAAGGAACGAAGUGGACGUCCCGGCGGCCGCGAGAGCGAGUUGCGCACACUUGUCAGCCGGGCUCCCGCGUGGAACCUUCUGCGGCUGCCUCUGCCUACGUGUGCGACGCCAUCGCCCCAAUCGCGUACCGCGUUGCCGUGAGUAGGCCCAUCACUACCUCGUGCUCAUUCCGGGCCGAGCUCGCAAUAAAUGGGAAAAAUAUAUUCGCCCCGGCUUUGACCGUCUCGCCUCUUUUAGCUCUCUCCGCCUCUCUCAGACCGUACGGGUCCAUUUGACCACGUGACCCAAAUCCGCCACCUGGGCCCCAUUCCCCCCUCCUCCUCCCCCGCCGCGGCUAUAUAACCGCGUCCGGACAUUUUCCCGGCAAACACUUCUUCACCUUCACCAAGCAAAGCACACAGCGCCCAGCAGCAACUCGUCGACGCAGAGCGGAGGAGCGAAGGAGGCCGGCCGGCGAGAUCGACGCAAAUGCAGAUGGACUCCUACUACUUCCACGACGACGCCCACUUCUUCGCCGGCUGCGGCGUCCCCGGCUCGCCGGACCUGCCCUUCGCCGACCUCAUUGCGUCGCUGUCGGAGCCGCUGCCUGAGGUGGCGAGCCAGAGCGCGUUCCGGGAGUACCGCGGCGUCGGGCUGGAGCUUCCGGGGACGGCGCGGGGAGGGACGGGGAACGGGAUCAACAUCCACCGGAGGAUGAUGGGCGUGCUGGGCAGGAUGGUGCCGGUCACCGAGGAGGAAGAGAGACCGCAGCAACAGCACCAGCAGCAGCAGCAGCAGCAGCAGGCGGCCGGCGCCGUCGAGAGCAGCCGCGGGUUCCGGCACAUGAUGCGCGAGCGCCAGCGCCGCGAGAAGCUCAGCCAGAGCUACGCCGACCUCUACGCCAUGGUCUCCUCCCGCUCCAAGGUAUUACUUCGACCGUCCGCGCCCGCUGUCCCACAUUCCAUUUCGCUGGUGCUCGAAUGCCAUGUGCUGAGUGAACGAGUGAUGCCAUUGCAGCAGGACAAGAACUCGAUCGUGCAGUCCGCGGCCGUCUACAUCCACGAGCUCAAGGUCGCCAAGGAGCAGCUCCAGAGGAGGAACGACGAGCUCAAGGCCAAGAUCCUGGGGCACGACGCGCAGCAGCAGUGCGUCAAGGUGCAGUUCGAGGUCGACGAGCCCUCGUCCUCCGUCGACUCCAUGAUCGGGGCCCUCAGGCGCCUCAAGAGCAUGAAUGUCAAGACCAGGGGGAUCCACUCCACCUUGUCCGGCCAGCGGUUGACGACGGAGAUGAAUGUCGAAACCACGAUUGCGGCCUGCGAGGUAGAAAAUGCAGUGGAGGAGGCUCUCCAGGAAGUAGAGAGGAAUCAGCUGCCUGACAGCGAGGCCCCGUUUCCCGGAAGCAGGAGCGCCUGGCCUCAAACAUCACACGUGCAAAAUGUGUUCUGAGAUGGUUCUGAGCACGAGGGCCAUGAGACCCAUUUGUUCAUUGUUCUUUCUUCUCUCUUUUUUUCUCCUUUAUUUCGAUGAUGGAGGGCAAAUUUGACAAAUUUAACCUAUAGACAAAAUCAAAUCACAGAAUGAACUGUCCGUGAAACUAUUUCACGCGGCUGACCAGUGGCGCCUAACUCUCAUGCGCCGCACUAGUGCAACGCCUGGGAGCUAGGCGCUGCACUAGGCAACGCCUAGGAGCUAGGCGCUGCACACUGACUUAGUAAUUUUCUGAUCACACGGGUGCGACGCUGGCCGUGUAGCGCCUAUCUGUGAGGCGUUGCACAGUGUAGUGUGGCGCCUUCGUGUCGGGCGUCACACAAAAAGGUCAGCCGCGUGAAAUAGUUUCACGGAUAGUUCAUUCUGUGAUUUGAUUUCGUCUAUAGGUCAAAUUUUUGUCAAAUUUGUCAUGAUGGAGCAAGUGAAGAUCUCCACAUGCCCUUGCCCGCGUGCGUACGUGGUGGUUGUACGUACUCUCGACCCUCGUGUGUGGUCCUAGUGGUUUGUUCGGGGCUGUGAAGAUGUAAGUAGCUCUUCAGAUUUGUAGGUAGUGAGGUCAACUUGGGAUCAAAUGUGUUGGGAAAAUUUGAAGGGGGUCAACUUGCACAGUUUGGCCUGGCGCUUACGUUUGGCCCUAGCAAGGAAGAGAAAAUGAUAUGACAACUUGACAAGGAUUACCAAACGUUUGGAAGAAGAGGGACCAGCAAGCCUUUGUUGGUUGCUGACACUGUAAAUUUGCAACCACCCAAUGUUCGAAAUCGAGUAUAUAUUUUUCUCCAAACAGGAUCAUUGUGUUUCGAGCAACCUUUUCACUAAAAUGAUAAAAUGUCAUUGAGAUCUGUUAUAGUUGUUAUAAACUACAUUCAAACUUUCUCGUGUUUGUAACCUGGGAA